UUGGCGUGGCAGGUCAUUUCCUUGUCACACUCAUUUUGACAAAGAAGAUCAUUUCAAGUCUGAAUUCCGGAUACUGAAGGAAAAAAAAGGCAAUGCGGAAGACCUUUGUGUGUGAUGGAUCAAUGAUCAUCACCAUCCCAAUCGGGAGCCUGAGGGACACUGGAGACGGUCAACUGAUGCCGGAGACAUUUAAGUGUGUGUUUAAAGAUUCCUACAAGAUCUUUGCUGUGAAGGGGAAGCCUAAACCUCUCGGAGCAGCCCAAGCCAUCACCGGGGUGUUCAUUCUCAUACUCGGACUAAGUUUUCUAAACACAGAUGUUCUUGCAAAGAUCUACAUUCUACCCUGUGCUGUGUUUGUGGUCUGUGGAAUCCUGUCCUAUGCAGCUGGACAGUCUCCAAACAUGCACGUGACAAAGCUGUCAUUCUCUCUGAACAUCAUCAGCUUCUUCUGGUCAAUCACAGCAGUUAUUUUGUGCCUGAUCAAGUUUCAUGCUCCACCACAAAUGAGCUCGAACAAUUUAAAGAUCCAUGAAGGACUCAAGGGACUAAUCAUAAGUCUGCUGGUUGUUGAAAAGUUAAUCGCCGCUAUCUUGAUCUACUGGUUAAGUAAAGCUGUAUGCAGACCCCAUUUCAACACUUUGCCCAUCAUACUGCUGAAACGAGGAGACUGAGGCUGGACGGAACUCAACAAGCCAACGAGCAACUUUUAAAUGCUUAUUGUAUCAAAAGUGCAUAGCAGCACUAUAUGAAGAACCCUUUCAUAUACCCAUCAAUAGAAAACAUACACAGAAUGACAAAUUUAUCAUUGUUUUCCCUUUAAAAGUAGCUAAAACCUACGUACGUAUGUGAAUGAGCCACCUCUCUUAUUAUAUUGAUUAACACCUGUUAUGUUUGUGUACAUCUCUUAUAAUUUAAUAAUUUGACAACAAAAGGUCCAGCAAUGAAAUAAUAAGGGAUUGUUGUUUCUGAUCAUUUAAAAUUACCAUGUGUUCCCUAAUCGUAGAAAACGUGGGAUUGUCUUGUUUUGAAAUUUUGCAAAUAUUUUAAAACUUCUUGUGUCUGCUUUGUCGUCUCUCUGUCAAACCCUGUAUACGUUUACUU